AUGGUGCAGCCACCAGUUCUGGCUGGCCGGGUGGGCCCACAGGCAGUGGGGCUAGUGCCCCAGGAGCUCAUGGAAAGCAUCUGUGGCAGUGUCUAUGUGCACAUCAUCAGCAUCCCUGCCAGGGUCCAGGUGGUAGCCCAGGACCUGGUUGGUGCCAUCACAGGGACAGAGGUCUCAGAUGCAGCAGCAAGCCUGGCCGUGCAGGGCAGAGUCGCUCUCAUCACAGGGGGCGGCUCCGGGAUUGGGUUCCGGACUGCAGAAAUCUUCAUGAGGCAUGGCUGCCAAACGAUCAUUGCCAGCAGAAACCUGGAGAAAGUCACUGAGGCAGCUAAGAAGCUGGCAGCUGCUACGGGUCAGCGAUGCCUGCCUCUUUCUUUAGAUGUGAGACAGCCCCAAACAAUUAUAGCAGCUGUGGAUGAGGCUCUGAAAGAAUUUGAACGAAUCGACAUCCUCAUUAAUAAUGCUGCAGGGAACUUCCUGUGUCCAGCCAGUGCAUUGUCCUUCAAUGCCUAUAAGACGGUGAUUGAUAUAGAUACCCUUGGCACCUUCAAUGUCUCCAAAGUGCUAUAUGAGAAAUGCUUGAGGGACCAUGGUGGGGUUAUUAUUAACAUCACGGCAACCCUGGGUUACAGAGGGCAGGCUCUCCAAGUGCAUGCUGGGACUGCCAAGGCAGCUAUAGAUGCAAUGACCAGGCACCUGGCGGUAGAGUGGGGGCCCAACAAUAUCCGGGUCAACAGCUUGGCCCCCGGCCCCAUUUCAGGCACUGAGGGAUAUCGGCGGCUUGGUGGCAAACACUCUGAAGCUAGCAGCCGCUUCAAUUCAAUCCCUCUCCAGCGGGCAGGAAACAAGACGGAGAUUGCCCAUAGUGCGCUGUACUUGGCAAGCCCAUUGGCAUCCUAUGUGACGGGCAUGACCAUGGUGGUAGACGGAGGGAGCUGGCUGACAUUAGCAAAUGACUUCCCUGCAAUGUUGGACCUUUGGGCCACAGAAGCUAACAAAGAUAAAUGAUGGACAGCCAACUGACGGGUGUGACUUUAACAAACAAGUAGAGCCUGGGAACAUCUCCAUUUCUGUGAGGCAUGACAGCAGAGGAGACAGCCAUGAUCAUCUCUCAGCCUUUGGGUUGACCUAGCUGGGCAGUGAUUUAAUUUAUCAGCUGGGGAAGGGGAGUGGGGGAGGGGAAUUAAUAAGAUGGGGAACAGCGCCUUCCAAGCCAGCUGGAUCCAGACUUGCUCCCCAGGUUUAUUCUCUGAUUUGUGUAGGAUGGUUUGGACAAGGAUGAUCAUACCUUGAGCAGUGGACUAGACUAGAUGACCUCCAGAGGUCCCUUUCAGCCCUACAUUUCUGUGAUUCUAUGAAGGUGACACAGCUUACCUGUGGAGUUGGUCAUGGGUCUGUUGAGGGCUGGUCGGAGCUGACUUCAUGCUCUUGUUCCCCUUCAUAUGACUGUCUUCCUUCUUCUCCCAAGCCCUCUGCCUCUCCAGCUGUUUUGGAAGUAGCAGAACAGCACUGCCACCAGUAUCCAUUUGUAAGAUUUCUUUUUCAGUUUUCCUAACUCUAACCCAUAAGCUGAUGGUAUUUUCCUAUGUUGCUGGUUGAUAACUGUCCAGCAACAUGUUCUCUGAAGCAGGUAAGCUCACCCCUGUCUAAUGUGUUAGAGUGGAAGGCAGGAACAACCUAUUCUUGAAGUCUGCACUCAAGUUGCACAUUGAACUCUGGAGCACACAGUUUAGAGCCAGCUUGUCUUUGGGGUAGUUCAGUGGGCUAGUAAUUGUCAGUACUACACUGAGCAUGUGACGUUUGGGGUCUGCAUUCUUAGCAGUAAAACCUGCCCUUUCUUUAGUAGGCUGCAGAUGGCUGCCUACUGGUUAGACCAGCACAAACUCUGCUGCCAGGUUGGGCUUCAUCUUGCUCUGGAUGUGAGCAAGCUAAUUAGCAUCUCUAUGCCCAGUACCCUGUGUGCCCUGCAGUGACCAUGACCUGAAUUCAGCAGUAAGACCUUUGCAUUUUGGAAAUAAACUAGCAGCUUCAGGGAUAUGAAAAUGCAGGAUUCAAACCAAAGGACUAUGCUUCUCAGGGCACCCAUGACUCCCAUUCAUCUCCAUUGGAUUUAGAUGGCCAAGCACCCCUGAGUUCAGAGUCUGUGAAUUUUAUGCUGCUGCAGCUGUGGAUUUUUUCUGACAGUGUCAUAUACUGUAGAAGUUGGAAUAGCUGGAGCCUUUGGCAGGGGCAGGGACCUGUUGGAUCUUUGGGCACAGUGAGGCACAUGGGCAUAAUGGCCACUGAAAUGUACAACAUUCAGAUCACAAGCUCUGUACCCACAGAUGGAUGGGGCAGUUCAUGCCUCUGCAGGCCCUGCCUCCUCUAUAUAGUAGUGUUUGGGAAGGAAAUGAAAUCCACUACAAGUCAGAUUAGUAUUGUAGUAUUAGGGCUUGCAGUUCUCAUUGAUUCUAAAUAGUUUGCAGGGGCACCAAGUUUCCACUGUCAGGCCAACAUGAGAGAGAAGCUCCACCCUGCGUGAGAGCUGGUUCCAUAUGAAUGAUCCUUUCCCUUACCAACUGAAGUGUUUAAAAACCCUCUUGCUUGCUAGCAGCAUGGCAGGAGACACUUUCUCUCCCAGUCAGUAGAAUCUCAGUCCAGACAGGGAUUUGUGCUAGGCAUGUAUGUUGCUCUUUUUCAUUAAGGGACUGCAUGCAAGUCAGAAAUGUUCUCAGCACCAGGUGGGAUGCAAACUUGAUCAGAUCCCACUUGUCACUGUAAUCUAGACAGCAGCCUUUGAGUAAGCCUGAGAGCUGGCAUGUACUACAGGAUCUAUCUCUGUGCUGCAGCCUCAAUAAAGAAUCCUAUUCAUGUGUGUUACUCUACAGUCUUGUCUGUCCCUAAAUGCUAGAAUCACUAGUAAACCUAAGACGAGUUUUUUGUGCCCGGUGAGAAUAGAUUUUUUCCAAAUUAGCAAAUCGGAUGGUAGGCCUGUAAACGUGUUGGCCCUGCCAGCUCCAUGCCACUGAUAAGCUAUAUAGUAUGGAAGUGGUGCUUGCAACUCCUCUCUGACGUAUUUAGCAGCUCUGUGCUAACCUUUUUGCUAGAAAUAGCUCUUAAUCUGCUUUGACUUUGUAAAAGCUUGCUCUAAGAGAUCAUGUUUCCUACUUGAUUGUGUCUGUACCAGCUGAUCCUUCCUCAAGGCAGACAUUAAAGAAUUACCAUUCUGGGA